CACAUUCUUUUCCUCUACUUUUAUGUUUCUUUUUCUUUCAUCCUCCUCUUCUUUUUCUUCGUAUGUUAGUUCGACUAUCUUAGGUUGUCACUGACAACAAUUCACAUCAUGAUAGAAGAGAGAAUGGUGAGAGUUGCAAUAUCUAGGGGGUGAAAAAGUUGACGGAAAACCUUAGGUGGAAACCUGUAAUUUACCAUAAGACUUAUCGUGCGGUUGACGAGAAACCUUCAGUCGAUGCGGUAGAGCCUUUCACUUGCACAAUCAUUCAAGACCUCUCAUCAAUCAUAUACUUUAUUUGACGAAAUGGAAGGGCUACUGCAGUUACCGUACAGUGCCACGGUACGGUUCAUGUUAGCAUCACUCGAGCGCAACUUACUACCUGACGCUGUUAUUAGGAGACUCAGUCGCCUGCUGUUGGCCGGCCGCCUUCAUUCCGGUUACAAAGCUUCCUCUGAACUACAACUCUCUGACCUCCUGCAAUUCGUACAUUCACUUAGAGAGAUGCCUAUUGCCAUCAAGACUGAUAAGCCAAAAGCUCAACAUUAUGAACUACCAACCUCUUUCUUCAAGCUGGUUCUUGGAAAAAAUUUCAAAUACAGCUGCUGUUACUUUUCUCAUAAGUCAAACAGCUUAGAGGAUGCUGAGAUUGCUAUGUUGGAGCUGUACUGUGAGAGGUCACAACUGAAAGACGGUCACACUGUACUUGAUGUUGGAUGUGGAUGGGGCUCACUAUCUCUAUACAUUGCCCAAAAGUACAGUAAUUGCAAGAUUACAGGGAUAUGCAAUUCAAAAACACAGAAAGAACACAUUGAUGAGCAAUGCCGAAAUCUUCAUCUCCAAAAUGUGGAGAUCAUUGUUGCAGAUAUAAGCACAUUCGAAAUGGAUGCCUCCUAUGACCGUAUAUACUCCAUUGAAAUGUUUGAGCAUAUGAAGAACUAUCAUGAUCUUCUUAAGAAGAUAUCGAAGUGGAUGAAACAGGAUAGCCUUCUUUUUGUUCAUCAUUUCUGCCACAAAGUAUUUGCUUACCACUUUGAGGAAACAAAUGACGAUGACUGGAUCAGUAAGUACUUCUUCACCGGAGGUACAAUGCCUUCAGCUAAUCUGCUUCUUUAUUUCCAGGAUAAUGUUUCUAUUGCUGAUCACUGGCUUGUGAAUGGGAAGCAUUAUGCACAAACAAGUGAAGAGUGGCUCAGCAGAAUGGAUCAGAACCUGACCUCCAUUAAGCCAAUAAUGGAGUCAACUUACGGCAAGGAUCAGGCAGUCAAGUGGACUGUUUAUUGGAGAACAUUCUUUAUUGCUGUUGCAGAACUCUUUGGAUACAACAAUGGAGAAGAAUGGAUGGUUGCGCAUUUCUUAUUCAAAAAGAAAUGAACUUAUCAGUUCUUUCUGCUAAAAAAGAUAAUAAAGAAGCGAAGAAGCAUGUCCAUCUUCUUGAAUGAGGUUAACAACAUUGUGAUUGCAGGAAAACUGGAAAAUUUGUCUGCAGAACUUUCAUUGAAUGAGGAUGGAGACUUCAUAUUCUUCUCUGUAUCUUUGUAGGAACUGAAUUUAGCCUCAACUUUUCUUUGCAUCUAUUCUAUUUUAGCAAUGCUUGGCCGUAAACUAUAACAAGCUUUUGAAAUUGAAUUUUUCUCCAAGUAAAUAAAAUUGUUACACAUUUACUAGUCCA